AUUUCCUUAUAUAGGCAUUUUCCAGAGAAAAUAGGAAGAAAAGCCUUGCGUCUCUCCGUCCAACUCUUCAUAAUUAGCUUCAAAAACAAACAUUUAGGAAUAGAGGAGAGAAAUCCCUAAUUUUGGGGGAUGGGAAGAGGGAAGAUAGCGAUCCGACGAAUAGAGAAUUCAACAAACAGGCUAGUGACUUUCUCGAAGAGAAGGGGUGGGCUAAUGAAGAAAGCAAGCGAAUUAUCCAUCCUUUGUGAUGCUGAAGUCGGAUUGAUCAUCUUCUCCAACACUGCCAAGCUCUAUGAUUACGCCAGCUCCAGCAUGAAAUCUGUUAUUGAACGCUACAACGAGGCUAAAGAAGAACAUCAUCAAUUACUGAAUCCCGAUUCCCAAGUCAAGUUUUGGCAAACGGAGGCGGCAAGCUUGAGACAACAACUACAAUACUUGCAAGAACAUCACAGGAAAUUGAUGAGAGAAGAACUAUCUGCUUUGGCUGUCAAAGAUCUACAGAACCUGGAAAACCAACUUGAAAUGAGUUUGAAAGCUAUCCGCACAAAAAAGGGCCAACUACUUACAGACGAGAUCAAACAGCUAAACCACAAGGGACACCUCAUUCAGCAGGAGAAUCUAGAACAGCAUAACAAAGUAAACCUCAUUCAUCAGGAGAAUCUAGAACUGCAUAACAAAUUUAACCUCAUGCAGCAAGAAAAUACUGAACUUCGGAAGAAGGUUUACGGAACAAGGGAUGCAAAUGAAGCUGGCAGAAGCUCCAGCCCAAAGCAUACUUUGAACAAUAAAAAUGAUUUGUACACAUCUGUUAUUCUGCAAUUAAGUCAGCCCCAGCCUCCCAUGAAUGAUGAAGCUGAAAAAUCAAUGGACUUGGGAUUACAACUGCAUUAGCAAACGUGUCGGACAACCAUGGGUGUGCAUCAUCAGUACCUAUCAACAACUUGUCCAUGGUUAAGAAAAAGUUUCUACCAGUGAGCUUCCGUAUUCCAGCAUAUGAAAAUGUUUUCAUUUGAAAUGUUUAAUGGAGAGGAAGUGAGGCAGAGAGCACUUUAGAAUUGUUGUAAAAUGAACAGAUAAACAAGUUAUGUGAUAUCAGCACAAAAUAAUUAGAAUGCACUAUUUGUGUAUGAUGUAACUCAGCUGCCUGGUGAACUUAUUGUGCU